AUGAAUCGAGUAAAGAUUUCUAUUGAAAACUUCCAGAUUCGCACUGGUCAGCGGGUGUUUAUGAACAUCCAGGACAUAAAUCAGCUUCGCGAAUUUCUGGGUGUCUACAAUAUCUUAACUGAAAAGUGCUUCAAUUCCUGUAUUCGUGAAUACAACACUAACAACCUUACUUCAGCCGAAGAUAGUUGUGUAUCGCGAUGUAUUGACAAGCAGAUGCGAGUUAAUCGUCGUCUUAUGAUAGUAUUCGCAGAGCAAGCACCGAANUUUCAUUUUUCACAUCAACUAUCCUCCGGUAUUGACAAGCAGAUGCGAGUUAAUCGUCGUCUUAUGAUAGUAUUCGCAGAGCAAGCACCGAAACUUCUAUUCAAACAAGGAGAACCAACCCCAACUGAAGCGAUAAGAGCUAGCGCUAAAGCAGCUCGAGAAGCAGCAAAAUUAGCAAAGCAGCAAGCAGAAAAGCAAUCGGAAAAGCAAGAAAUAAAUAAAGAAAUUUUAUUUGUUCAAAGACUUCAAGUUAAAACCAUGAAUAUCGUAUCCGAACAUGGCUUUCGCCUUGACGGCAGACGCCCGCACCAGAUCCGAAAUAUUAAUGUCGCUCUUGGUACACUACGAGAUGCAGAAGGCUCAGCAUAUUUUGAGCAAGGAGGCACGAAGAUCUUAUGCGCUGUCUAUGGCCCGUUCGAAGGUAAACGAUCUCGUCAACUGGAGGAUCGUUGUUCCAUCAACUGUAUGCUAAGUAUGACCCGUUUUGCUGGUGUUGAACGCAGGCAACGAAUUCGUGCCGAUCGUAAAUCGAUGGAAAUAGAGCGUCUUAUUGUAAAAACAUUCGAGGCAGCAGUUCUGACGCAUCUCUUUCCUACGUCGCAGAUCGACAUAUAUUGCCAGAUCAUACAGAGCGAUGGAUCUCAUCUGGCAGCUUGUGUGAAUGCAGCAUCCUUGGCUAUGUCGGAUGCUGGGAUACCAAUGAAAGGUAUUGUUGCUGCAGUCACAUGCAGUAUCGUAGAUGGGCAACCUGUUGUUGACGUCAACCAGAGAGAAGAGACAGAUCUUUUACCUCGGCUUACGCUGGCCACCUUGCGAGGCGAAGAUGAAGUGGUCUUGGUGGAACUACAGAAUCGCGUCCACAUCGAUCAUCUGCCGGCACUGAUGGCUGCAGCAAAAGAUACCUGCAAAGGUGUGCACGAGUGCAUUUGUGCUGCCAUUGUUGAUCAGCUCGAGAAUGGCGCUAUUAUUCAUCGUUAG